CUCUUAAACAGUUCCGUCAUGUUGUAUGUCAUCAAUGAUCUCACAGGGACUUCAUUAAUAAUCCUGUUUAUGGGAUAACAUUGUUAGAUAACUUAAUUGAGUUUAUUUUAACUCCGACACGAUGGUUCCACUGUCAUGGCCAGACAAUCUGAGCAGCUUUCUACUGUCUCAAGUAAACAUUGUAAUUUUAAUAGUAUUUGUAAUGGUCUAUAAUUUAGUUAAUUUCUAUCAAAAUCGUCGGGACUUUGCAAAUAUCCCUCCCGGUCCGAGGCCGCUGCCGAUAGUCGGCAACUUUGGCGGGUUUCUCAUUCCGUCUUUCAUCCUGAGGAGGUUUAAAGGGGAAUCAGGCAAUAACGUCAAAAGCCCUGUGAUUGCUUUGACGGAAUUAGCCAGUGUUUAUGGUAAUAUAUACAGCCUCUUUGUUGGCAGUCAGCUGGUCGUCGUGCUUAAUGGCUAUGAAGUGGUGAAGGAUGCUCUCUCAAACCAUCCCGAGGUGUUCUCCGACAGACCAGAUCUUCCUGCAGUCGUCAUUAUGACUAAACGCAAAGGAAUAGUGUUUGCACCUUAUGGGCCAGUGUGGAGAAAGCAUCGCAAGUUCUGCCACACCACACUCCGAAACUUUGGCCUGGGGAAGUUGAGCUUGGAACCGUGCAUCCUUCAAGGCCUGGCUACCAUCAAAACAGAGCUGCUGCGAUUGAAUGAGGAGUCAGGUGGCACCGGUGUGGACCCUGCCCCACUGAUCAGCAUUGCAGUGUCAAAUGUCAUCUGCUCGCUGGCCCUGGGUCAACGUUUCCACCAUGAAGACCACGAGUUCCGCACCUUGCUGGACCUAAUGGCACGUGGGCUGCAGAUCUGUGUGAACAGCUCUGCAGUCCUCAUCAAUAUCUUUCCACUGCUGUACUACUUACCGUUUGGCGCCUUCAAGGAGUUACGACAAGUGGAAAGAGACAUUACACUGUUUCUAAAAAAGAUUAUUGCAAAGCACAGGGAAAAACUUGAUCGAGAAAACCCACAGGAUUUUAUAGACAUGUACUUGAUAGAGAUGUUGGCCCAUAAAGCUGCUGGAGUGGAGGACAAAAACUUCACAGAGGACUAUCUUUUUUACAUAAUAGGAGAACUCUUUAUCGCAGGCACUGACACCACCACCAGUACAGUUUUGUGGUUUCUGCUCUACAUGGCUUUACACCCUGAUGUCCAAGAUAAGGUCCAAGCAGAGAUCGAUGAAGUGGUGGGCAGAAAUCAGGUCGUGUCUCUGACUCAUAAAGGAAGUAUGCCCUUUACUGAGGCUACUAUCAUGGAGGUCCAAAGACUGACUGUGGUGGUACCUCUGAGUAUUCCACACAUGACCUCCAUGACAACAGAGUUCAGAGGUUUCACUAUUCCCAAAGGAACAAUUAUUGUGCCCAACCUGUGGUCUGUCCAUAGGGAUCCCACUAUGUGGGAUGACCCAGACUCUUUCAACACAGCACGAUUCUUGGAUGACGAGGGAAAGUUACUCAGGAAGGAGUGCUUCAUACCAUUUGGGAUUGGUCGCAGAGUGUGCAUGGGGGAACAGCUGGCAAAGAUGGAGCUGUUCCUGACAGUUACCAGCUUACUGCAGGCCUUCAAAUUCAGUCUUCCAGAGGGAGUGCCACCUCCUUCCCUGCACGGACGCUUUGGCCUGACACUUGCACCCUGCCCAUACACUGUGUGUGUGAGCCCUCGUGGUUGAAACAGUGGAAACUUGGUUUAAGCAGGCUGGCUGUAAACGGGGUGCUUUGUUGAUAUCGACCUUGCAGAAAGCCAAAGAUAUUGGUCAGUGUCUCCUGGAGGGACAAUGUAAUGUGUGCAGAAUAUAAAAAGUAUUUUUUGAUUG